GCUCGCUCGCUGACCCGGAAGCACUCGUGGCCGCCAGCCCCACACCAUGGUGUUCCUCACCGCUCGGCUCUGGCUGCGGAACCGCCUCACGGACCGCUACUUUCGGAUCCAGGAGGUGUUGAAGCACGCCCGGCACUUCCGGGGGAGAAAGAACCGCUGCUACCGGCUGGCCGUGCGGGCGGUGACCCGGGCCUUCGUGAAGAGCACGCGGGCCCGCAGGCUGAAGAAGCGGAUCCUGAGGACGCUCUGGAUUAAUCGAAUUACAGCUGCCUCCCAGGAACACGGCCUACAGUACCCAGCAUUCAUUUCCAAUUUAAUUAAGUGCCAGGUGGAGCUCAACAGGAAAGUACUCGCAGACCUGGCCAUCUAUGAACCAAAGACUUUUAAAUCUCUAGCUGCUUUGGCCAAAAGAAGGCGGGAGGAAGGGUUUGCUGCAGCCUUGGGGGAUGGGAAGGAACCUGAAGGCAUCUUUUCCAGAGUGGUGCAGUACCACUGAAGGCUGCAGCACUGGACCACAGUGGAUUUCUUUCCUCCUUGUGACUGUAAGCAAAUGAUGUCAAUGUAUAAAGUCAAAUUUGUUUAUUUACAUUUUACUAACAGGUUUGAGAGUAAAGAUCAUGUCUUCCCAGUGGGAUGGAGUCAUCAAACUUUUAAACACAUUUGUGUAAAUAAACCUUUUGCAGCAUUCA